AUGGACGAGCUGUAUCUCCAAGAUAAACUGCCAAAGCUAGGAAAGCCAUUGGCGGUACUUGUCAUAUUCAAGCUCCUCAAGAUCAAAAAUGCCGCUGCUUUGGCUGCAUUUUUCACUCUUCAUCCUCAUAUUAGAAGACUACUUCGGAAUCAUGUCCAAGCUGCCCAAAAAGACCCUGCCACAGUAGAACGGCGCAUCAAUAAAAGCUCGAACUUGAUAUCGGCCAUUCUUUUAUACGCGGGCGUGUCGCUGAACCCAAAAAUCCCCAAGGAUUACAUUGUUCUUUACCUAAUUGAACUAUACUAUGGGUCGCUCAAUACUCCUCGGUCUCCAUUCCUGGUUUCGCCUACAACGGCCCGUAGAUUUAAAUUGAGCAAUUACAGUGAAAAUGGAUGGGUGCACUGGUUGUAUCGCAAUAAGCACUAUGUUUUAUUUCCGCUCAUUUACGCGCAGUUGUUGUCGAACUACUUGACGCCCACUCAGUACAAAUUGAAUCAGCGCUAUCUUUCCAGCACCAUCAAAAAUUGGAUGUUAAAUCCAAUUUGGAGAAACUUCCAUAUGGGCCGUACCAGCAAAUCGAUUCUGUGGCUUGGCCUCGGGGGCGCUUUUCUUAAACAUUGUGCCCUUUUAAUGGCAUACUUUCUGUUGUCUGAAGUGAAGAGUAAGAUCUUGGUCAAAUACUUCCAAAAGAGCGACAUGAAGCAGGCGUUCAAAGAUUAUGUCUUGCUGUGCGUUAAAAAGACUAAGUCUAUUGCUUUGUUCGUAUAUGGAAUAAGUCUUACGUCUAUGGCUCUCUUGGCUGUAACCCUGCCUCUUCUCACUGCUGGAGGCAUAAUCCAUAAACUAUACACUGCAAAUCCAAAAUUGUUCAUUAAGAAUUACAUCAAAUUUGUGGGUGCGGGGUCGGCUCUUUUGGCGAUGUUGGUUGCGGUACCUCGCUCCGAACAUCUCUCGGCAGCAUUUUUCAAUGGCAUCAACGGAUAUCUCUUGAACCUCAUUGUUCUAUCAAAAUGGCGAAUUCUCAAGGAAAACCAUCCUUGGUUCACAAUUCUUCGUGUUGGAACCUGGGAAAGAAUAGAAUCACUCCUCUUGUCUUAUGUAGUGUGGGAGACCAUGAACCUCAAUGAUACUAUACGCGACAAUGAUGAUGCUGACAAAAUGGCUGAGUGCAGACGCCUUCAGGAUGACCGUUUGAUCCGUGUCGUUGACAGAAUCAUGACAUAA